AUGCUGUAUGCGCUCCAGGAUGGUACUCAUCCGUCAACGUCUCCUCCUGUUGUUUGCCCUGAUGGCUACUAUAGUUUGGCUGGUGCCAAGAUCUGUACUGCUUGUCCUGCUGGUUAUGCGUGUCCAGAUCCAACGACGAAGCUGCUUGUACCGUGCGCGAAAGGAACCUACUCAACAGGCGGAGCGAGCUCUUGCACACCGUGUUUAGCUGGCUAUGCGUGCUCAUUUUCCAACAGCUCCAGUGUGGAGCUGUGUCAGACUGGGUUUUAUUCGCCCACAGGUUCGGGGUCGUGCAUCGAGUGUCCGCGAGGAUACUACUGCGACAAACCCAACGAGAUGCCAAAGAACUGCUCUGUCGGGUACUACAGUCUGCGUGCGUCCUCGAGCUGUCUAGCGUGUGACCCGGGUUACGAGUGCCCGCGAUCCGACCAGCUACCGCAGCCGUGUCCUGUUGGAUAUUAUAGUGAAGGUGCUGUAGCAAACUGUCGCUCUUGCCAUCCAGGAUACAAGUGCAGUCUCGCAUCAACAAACCCGACCCCAGAAGAAGACGCUUGUCCGAUGGGAGGCUACUGCAACCCGCCGACAACCUUUUUUCUGUGUCCUGCAGGCACAUUCGGCAACGUGACGGCUGGAGAGAGCAUUGAUCACGCGUGUGCACCUUGUCCGGAGGGUUACUACUGCGAAAUGGGAACGACGCCGUUGACGCGGCAGAUUUGUCCAGCAGGGUUUCUCUGCCCGGAAGGCACCAAACGUGCGUCUCAAAAUCCGUGUCCAGCUGGAACGUACAAUCCGAAUCAAGGACAGAAGAGCUCGGAUGUGUGUCAAGUCUGCCCAACAGGGUCGUAUUGCCCCACUGGAAGCUCACAGCCGCAGCCGUGUCCACAAGGUUAUUACUGUCUAGAAGGCACACGCACCGUUAAUCAGUAUCCGUGUCCUGCGGGAACGUUUAGCGGACCACAGACUGGCUUGACUAUCGGCUCGCAGUGUAACGAUUGUCCACUAGGAAACUACUGCCCUGAAGCGAGCAGUACUCCGACGAAAUGCCCUGCAGGCCGAUACAACCCGAAAACAGGGGCGGCAGACCUGCACGAGUGUUUGGAUUGUCCGCCUGGCUGGUCAUGCCCUCACGUGGGUCAAAGUGACUACGUGGAUCGCUGCGCUAAGGGCCACUAUUGUCCAGGCGGCACAGUACUUGCAACAGACCACCCCUGCCCUGCUGGAACAUACACCGAGAGUGUGGAGCUCAUCCGUUCUCAAGACUGCACCAUUUGUCCGCUGCGUCAUUCCUGUCUGCAAGGCACUGGAGGCGAAACGCAGACGAUGCUGGAUUGCGGAGCGGGCUUCUUCUGUCCGAACGGCACAGCCUACCCCAAUCAGUUUCCGUGUCUGCCAGGAACGUGGAGCUCCAGUACGUCGCUGUCAGCUGCAGCGGAGUGUGAUAUCUGCCCGCCAGGUAAAUACUGCCAAGGGGGCAAGUCGUUUAUUGACGGAAGCUGUGCACCUGGCCACUACUGUCCGCUUGGAACGUACUCGAGUACCCAGUUCCCGUGUCCAAGUGGAACAUACACAGCCAACACGUGGUUAUUCGAGCCAAGCCAAUGCGACGACUGCCCGCCAGGCUACUACUGCCCAGCCGGGUCUGUGGCUUCGAUCCCGUGCAAACCAGGAAGCUUCACGUCCGUCAACAAUACGAAAAUGGUGGGUCCAGCAGACGCAUGGCCGGCAUGUAUCAAUUGCCCUGCAGGUUACUACUGCAUCGAGGCUUCUGUCACUCCAAAACCUUGCAGCAGAGGAAAAUUUUCUACGAGUGGAUCCAAAGCGUGCUCGACAUGUGAAGCUGGAUACUUCUGCUACAGUGAGGCGACAAGUGCAGCAAAUAUGCGGUCGAACGCAGUCGGUUGGUCAGCACCCGGAGCUCUUUACGGCACGUGCUACAAUGGCACGUACUGCCCGGCUGGAUCGGAUAGUGAACCUGCACUAGAAAUGGAUGCCUGUCCGCCAGGAUAUUACUGCCCGACUGCUACUCCGUCUCCAGUUAUUUGCCCUGCUGGUACGUACAGCAACUUCACCGGCCAGGAUAGUAUGAGCGAUUGUACUCCCACCCCAGCGGGCUACUUCAGUCUUGCCGGAGCGUUGGAGCCUACGGGUGUGUGCUCUCCAGGAUUCUACUGUCCGCUUCGCUCAACUUCUCGAACGCAAGUGCCUUGCCCAGCAAGAUACUAUCUGAAUCGAACGAUGGGUCAGAGUGAAGAUGACUGUGCUUUGUGUGUCUCGGGAUCCUAUUGCCCCAUUGGAACAGCCUACCCGGUCACGUGUCCGGCAGGAUAUUACUGCCGCACAGGGAUAGCGAAACCCGAACCCUGUCCGAUCGGGACGUACGCUAACGCUACUGGACUACGAACUGUGGACGACUGUCUACAGUGUCCUCCUGGUAUGUACUGUGAUUCGACAGCACUCACCGUGCCACGAGGUCUUUGCGAUCCAGGUUACUUCUGCACACUGGGAGCAUACACGUCAGCGCCGAUGAACUACGAGUCAACCUUAUUUGGCGUGACGAAUCGACAUACAGGUGACCAGUGCCCACCAGGUGCUUACUGUCCAUUGGGGUCUUCAUCACCGACGUUGUGUCCGCCUGGGACGUAUAAUAACUUUACAGGACUGGAGUCUGUGGGGCAAUGCGUACCGUGUCCUCCAGGUGAGUACUGCGAGACACCGGGACUGCUCUUACCGACAGAUAGCUGUCAUCCUGGCUACUUCUGUAUCGGAGGUGCUGCGAUACCGACUCAAAUGGAGACGCCGGCUGGAUUCUUCUCGCUCGCGGAGGCCACCGCUCCGUCCCCAUGCCCACCAGGCCAAUUCAAUCUCUAUCCUGCUCAAGACAGAUGCGUGAUCUGUCCAGCCGGCUACUACUGUGGGUUACCGGGGACUAUUUCGCCUACAAUAUGCCCCACUGGAAACUACUGUCCUGAAGGUACUGCUCUGCCAGUGAAGUGUUUACCUGGUAUGUUCGCGGAUGUCCAAGGCCUCGUCAAGAUUGAGCAGUGCGAACCAUGUCCCAAUGGUCAGUACUGCGAUUCUUAUGGUCUUUCGGCGCCGAGUGGACCAUGUUUAGCUGGUUUUGUGUGUACGGGCGCCUCACCAGUUGCCAACCCGAUGGCCCAGAGCUAUGGGUACGUUUGUCCGGCGGCCAAUUACUGUCCAGAAGGUACAGGGAGUGCCAUACCAUGCCCAAUCGGCUCAUUCCGAACAGGAACGGGAGGUACAAGUCUGGCAUCGUGCUCGCUGUGCCCCGGAGGCAAACACUGCAGCUCCACAGGCUUGACUGCUCCAUCGGGUUCGUGUAACCCUGGUUACUACUGUACUUCAAAUGCGUCGACGCCGACACCGACGGAUAGCGUGACCGGAGCGGUCUGUCCUACUGGUUUCUACUGUCCGGAGGCCAGCCCUGCUCCAAUAAAGUGCAGUGCUGGAACGUACGCUGCAGACAAGGGUCAAGACGUUUGUGACAAAUGUCCAAUGGGAUUCUAUUGCGAUGGUAUAGCAACAAGCACGUACGCUGACUGUUCUGCAGGUCGCUACUGCCCUGCAGGUACAGCAGAAGUACCCGUACCGUGUCCGAUUGGAACAUUUAGCAACGCUGUUCGCCUUACGAACGUGACGGAAUGCCAGAAUUGUACACCGGGAUCUUAUUGCGCCACUUUGGGAUUACUGCAGCCUACAGGACUGUGUGCGGCAGGCAGCUUUUGUCCUCCACGAGCCGAGAGUGCAUUUGGUAGAACUGCUGACAACGAUACGCACGUGUGUCCUGCCGGCGCGUACUGCCCCGAAGGCACGUUCCUGCCGAGUCCAUGUCCUACUGGAACGUACUCGAAUGACACUGGACUGGUGAAACCCGGAGAUUGCGUCUUUUGUGACGAAGGCUCGUACUGCACCGACGCAGGGCAAGUGAAGCCCACAGGUUUGUGUGAUGCCGGCUACUACUGCAAGCGCAACAACACGCAGCCUAGUCCUUCCUCAGGUGUUGUGAAGGUAGUGACAAGCUCGACGCAGGGAACUGAGCUGACCAUCUACUUUGGCGGACAAAUCUGUCCGAUCGGCUCAUAUUGUUCACAAGGUGCGGUCACUCCGAUCUUGUGUCCCGAAGGCUCUUACUCCAAUGCCACCGGUGCUUCGACGUGUCUACCGUGUCCACGCGGGUUCUUCUGUCCACUUGGUUGCAGCGAUUAUCGAGGCAACGAGUGUCCAAUGGGUCACUACUGUCCCGAGAGUACUCAAAGAGCAACUCAGCUCCCAUGUCCACCUGGGUCCUACGGUGAUCGGACAGGACUACAAGACCUCGUACAAUGCACACCAGCGCCAGGAGGUACCUUUAUCGACGGAUACGCCGCAGUGGAGCCAACCGGAAUUUGCCGUAGCGGAUUCUAUUGCUCCGGUGGGUCUGCUACAAGCACACCAGCAGAAACUACAGUAACUGGUGGGCCAUGUCUCCCAGGUACCAAUUGUCCCGAAGGCUCCGCGGUUCCGAUCGUCUGCGAUGCUGGAGCAUACUGUUCGUCGACAAAUACCGACGCUGCACUACCUUGCAAGGAAGGUUUCUACUGCGUCCAAGGAUCUUACACAGCAACACCAACGGGCCAGAACAACUCACUCGGUAUGAUCGGUGACGUGUGCACACGUGGUCAUUACUGCCCUCAAGGAACUAGCAACCCCAUUCCAUGUCUCCCGGGGAGCUACUCAGAGACCACCCAGAACGCGAAUGCAAGUUACUGCUUGUCCUGCUCUCCAGGAUUCAUCUGUAGCACGUCUGGGAUCGUGACUCCGUUUGAGAAAUGCCCAGCUGGGUUUAUCUGUCCUGGAGGUGAAAGCUCAGCCACGCAGCCGUGUCCAAAGGGAUCUGAGUGUCCUGAGGGUUCGUUUGAGCCGCGUUCAUGCCCCGCUGGAACGUUCGCGGAUGAGAAAGGUCUUGCGUCUUGUAAGCUGUGUCCUGAACGAUACUACUGCGAGGCCGGGAGUGGUACUCCUCAGAUCUGUCCUCAAGGUUAUUAUUGUCCACUGCAAACACCAUCACCAAGAAAGUAUCCGUGUUUGGCUGGGUCGUUUGGAGAUCAAAUAGCGUUGGCUAGUUCUAAGGAAUGUGCACAAUGUCCACCCGGAAAGUUCUGCUCAGGGUUACCACCAACCAACACAACGUCAGGUGCCUGCGCUUCAGGUCAUUAUUGUGUUGGGAAAGCUACUACUGCUGAGCCAAUCGACGGUGUCACUGGAGGUUUGUGUGACGGUGGCCACGUUUGUUUUGGCGGAGCUUGGAUGGCCGACCCGAUCGAUGGAAUUACGGGUCGCAUAUGCGACCCCGGCUUUUAUUGCCCGGUGGGGUCUUCCAACCAGAUCCGCUGUCCAAAGGGAACGUACAACAGUGUCGAGAAGCAAAGAACUUGUGUGAUGUGUCCGGCUGGUGGCUAUUGCGAUACCAAUUCGACAACACCAGUGCCGUGUCCUCUUCGAUACUACUGCCCAGACGGGGUCGAGAAUCCUGUGUUUUGUCCGAAUGGCACCUACGGACACGAGGUAGGGCUUAUGCGUGCUAAUGAAUGUGCGCCCUGUCCUGCAGGCAAGUUCUGCGUCGCAGGAACAGUGACUGCUUCGUGUACUGCUGGGUACUACUGCAAAUUACGCAAUGACCAUCCGAAUCCAGUAGCACCAAUUACGAACGGCACAGUGGACAGUGACAUGUCGUGGCGAACAGAGCUGGGAGGUCCAUGUCCAAUCGGCUACUACUGCCCCGAAGGAGUCCUGGAUCCCAUUCCGUGCCCCAAGAACUCUUCACGCCUCCAGACAUUAGGAAUCGCAGAAAGUGACUGUAAUCCGUGUCCUGCAGGCAAGAGCUGCGAUGAUGGCACCAGUACUGUGCCGUGUCCUGCUGGAUCUUACUGUCCGUACGGCGUCAGCGAAGUGCCCUGUCAAGCCGGUACAUACAACGGAGCUGAAGGAAUGGCAAACCAGGAAGAUUGUCUACCUUGCGAUGCUGGAAAGCUGUGUAACCGAACCGGAAUAUUGGAUCUCACAGACUACGACUGUCCUCCUGGGAACUAUUGUCCUCGUGGAUCGUUUGAACCGCAGCCUUGUCCAGCUGGAAAGUAUCGCGCACUUCGGGGUGCCAAAAGCUCAGAUGAUUGCUCGCAGUGUAUUGGGGGGUCUUACUGUGAAGCUGGAGUGAUUCUACCCACAGUGUGCAACGCUACUACAUACUGUCCUGAGGGUGUAGGCUCACCACGUCUGUGCCCUGGUGGCAGCUACUGCCCGUAUAACACAACGACGCCAGUCACGUGUCCAGAAGGCUUCUUCUGUUCGCCUGCAGUUGCCUCGACCUCGAUCUGUACACUUGGUCACUACUGUCCCAGUGGAACGACAGCGCAGCUUCCUUGUCCACUGGGGUAUCUUGGUCGAACUACUCCUUUAGAUGGGGCAUAUACGUCGCUGUAUUCAUCAUGUGAAGCGUGUCCGCCUGGGACGUUUGGUAUCGACGUUAAUCGAACCCGGUGUGACGAAUGCUUAGAAGGAUUUGUCUGUCUUGGAGCGACCAAUUCAAGCCACCCGACAAGCCGAGAGGUUGAUAGAGGCUAUCCAUGCCCACCCGGUUACUAUUGCCCUACCGGCAGCUCGUCAGAGAUCGCAUGCCCACGUGGAACUUAUCAACCGAAUUACAAAGCCUCAAAUGUGUCAGCAUGUCUGCUCUGUCCCGAGAAUUCGUAUCAGAACUCUGUAGGGCAGUCAAGUUGCUUACCGUGCUCAACGAGCGCCUUUGCCGGAACCGGAGCCACCAAAUGCAUGUGUGUUGGUAGCCAUCGUGCCUUCCAAAUGACAGACGGGUACUGUAUCUGCGAACCUGGCUACGAGUUCUAUGACCAAGAUAUGAUCCUGCGCAGUGACGAAGACGGAGACGUGGAUUGUCAGCCAAUUGUGUACGACCGGUGUAGCAGCAGUCAAGUACGUUCUGAUAGCGGCCUAUGCGUCUCUGCGAGCGGGAAAGCUUGUGACGCAACUUGCGACAACGGUACAGGCACAUACGUAGCUAGUCUCGGCGUUUGCCAGUGUGACGAACAACCUGACCUGGAUACGGUGUGCAAUAAGAAAUGCCGUGAUGAAGCGACACAGAUUCAAGUGAACAGCAGCACGGGUCAACUGCAGCUCUACGAUCCCGGUUCUGGUGAAGUGCUACCGUUAUCGAACGAGGACAGCGCUAGUGGUCUUGUCUCAAAGGUAUCUUGCACGACUGGAAGUGACUGCCAGCUUCACUCGAUUGCCGUGGCCUCGACAGGGUUUUCAGGUUCGUAUGACCUACCACCAGUAAUUUCCGACGCUACCUCUCGAAGACGACGAUUAACCACAGCCUCGACUUCACUUUCCAUCGCGAACCCCAUGGUUUGUUUAUCAGUAGGAAACGGUCUGCUCUUCGACUUGUCCGUACCUCGUUCGUACCCGGUUUAUCUAAAGGAUUCCAUGCUCAACACGAACCCGAGUUUCGAUUACGGAGCCUUCCGGUCGCUUGCAGCGAAGGUGAAUGCGAACUCGAGCACCGUAUCGGCAUUCGCUUUCUCUUUCACGGAGCCAGGGACGUACGUGUUCGGGAACUCGCUCAACUCUGCAGCCCAGACAAUUGUAGUGGUGAUGAAGACUGGUACGAGUUGCCCCACGGAAGCUCCAAUUGUCCCGCUGAAUGAGAAGAACUUGAUCACUGUGAGUGCCAAGCGACGGACUGAUGACAUUAUCUUGGCACCGGACUGGGGGCUUAUCAUCGGACUACUGGGUGGGCUUUUCGGAGUGGUAAUCGCAGUCAUUGGAGGUCUGUACUACUUCCGAGCCAAGAGCUGGACCAAUACUGCUGUGAAGAGCGUCAGCGGAUAUCGAGCGAAGAAUAAACAAGUAAACCUGUCAGCUAUGCACUCGAAAGGUACUGUGGCGGUGACCACCGAUUCCCCGCAAGGUGAUGGUGACCUUGUGACGGCAGAACCGACGACAACGGGGAAGCGACUCCAGCUUGGAGGACAAGAGCCGAUGAAGGGAGCGUCGAUGGAGUAUCACGCAGAUUUAGGACGCUGGGACGAAGAAGAUCUGGAUCUGCGUGAGCUUGUAGACCGACUUCAGUUCCAUCAUGAAGCUGUGACGAAAAGCUUCGAGGACCAAAAGGGAGACGUGAAGAACUUGAUGCAACACUUGCAAGCGGAGGCUAUUGAACUCAAAAGGUUAUUCGUGAACGCGUUGAUAGCGGAAGCUUCUGAAGCGCUCCCGAUCAGUAAAAUAAGUGGACGUCCGCGAUCAAAGAGUGUGGCGGGCAGAGAGAAAUUUCUGCUGGAAAAUCUCGAACGUGACCUACAAGAUCGUGAGCAGUUCGAGCAGAAGAAGACUGCAAUGUUGGGUAGUGUGAGUGCAGGUCUUCGUGAAAUUGAAGGAUGGAGUACACAGCUGGCAGAGAUAACUGGCGCCAUAGUGCAGGAAAUGGCCUCACCAAGGGAGGAUUGCACGCCUGAGCGCACCAGUACGAACGAGGAAUCUUGUCUCGAGCAUACGCGGACAGUGAUAGACGACCUGAAGAGCUUGUUAGCAUCCGACCCAAGGACACAAACGUCUUCGUCUCUAAUUCACCUCACAGAGCAGGAGAAAGGACGACGUGAAGUGGGCAAUUUCGUCUUGGAAGCAUCUCAACGGUACUUCACGCCUCGUUCAGCAGCUCACGAAUCCGCAAGCUCUAGUGACAUUCUUCAGGAACUCCUGGAACUGCAUGGCGAUGUCGAGAAAUCCCAAAACAAAGAGGACGAGGCUCUGUUCGGACCGCUGUCAUCCCUGCAAAAGUUUGGAGCUGCUCUCCCCCAAGUACUCGCUACGAUCGAUGACUUAGAAACCAGCUUCCGUCGCGAGCUGGAUGCCGUUCGCGAGGAGCAAAAUCCAGUCAAGGAGCGUGCUGUACAGACUCAAAUGCAAAGUCGUCUUAGUAAACUGCUUACAGAAGUUGCGGCUGGAGCUAAGAAGGUAAACGAAAGGCUGGAUAAAGAAGCGCCACGUAAAAUUAAGCUCCGACAUGGAGCUCAACACGCGGAAGAUGCACUGAGUAGAGCGGUGACGAGCGCCAAAGAGGAAUGGAACUCCGCGAAUCAAGAGCAACGAGAUCGUAUUGGAGUGCCGACAAGUACACAACAACCUGAAGAGGCGACAGUUAGCGCACAUACGCCAUCGUCUGCUGAGGAGCUGGCUGCGUCAAAACUCCGAGACGACACACUCUUUCAGAUCAAAGAUCUGCUGGUCGGGCUUACCACACUUCUCCGGUCGAACGGUGUACCUUUAAAUACAGCAUCUCAACACAUGACCACAACCGUACAGCUGCAGCCAUCUCCAGCUCUUGUAGCAGAUGCGAAGCGUAAAGAUGAGAGCGCUGCACAACAGAGUGCUGCAGAGUAUGCGUCAUCUCUUGCAACUAGCUAUCCGCAGCUUUCGGCAGUGGAUAAGGAACGUUUGUUAGACGACUUUGCUUCAGACAUGCGUACAGUUCAGUCGUCUGUAAAUGUGGAGACUACGCGGACACAAGCGGAGCAAGCGACAAGGCAAGCUGCUACAGAGACGCUUCUCGAAGCUAAAAGAGCUCAGGUCCAGCGUCGCGAACAGGAAGACGCAGAUGUUCUGCGUGCACAACAUGACGAAGAAGAGCAGUCACUUGAGUCCCAGUUUCGAGAAGAAGAAAUGGCCAUCGAGCAAGAAUAUCUCAAGGAGCUUUCAAGUUUGGAAAUGGAAUUUGAAAGUGGCGCUGGUGACGAGGCUGAGGGUGCCUUUGCUGGGUCAUCAGAAUAUUUGUUUGAUGACCUCGAUGAUGGAACGGCAGGAGAUGAGAUUCUUCCUCUGUCCCUAAUAGAAGCAGAAGACGCAGUGGGCGUACUUGACUCUAAACAGGACGAUCCAGUCGAUGACAACGCCGACAUCAUUGCGCAGCUCAACGAUGUGUACUCUCAGGCCUGGAAUGAUCGCGCCCGGAUACUUGCAAUGGAGGACGCGCUUAAGAAGGAGCAACUCAACGAUCGGCUUCGUAGAAAGCGGAAUGCACUGAAACAUGACAUAGACGCUGCAUCUUCAGAGAUUAAAGAUGAUGUUCUGGAAGAAGUUGUCAAGAAGCAAGACGACAUGGAUCUGCUUCAGCAAGAGGCAGUGGAUAGGGCGGUUGAACGCCUUCGACAGCAGGUUGCAGACUGUAAAAACCGCGGUGCUGCUGAUGAGAAAGAUGGUUUCCAACAAGAUGGCAUCAAUGAGGUGGUAAAGACGGCAAGACAUUUUGCUGAAGCAGACAAAGUGCAGGCUGAAAAGGUCAUCGCUCAUGCCGAGGAUGAACUCCAGAAGCUAAAGGGCGAGUACGAUCACGACCUUAAAACUCUCAGAGAAGACAUCGAGAACGAACGACUGCGUCUCAAUGCAAAGAUGCAAAGAGCCUUAGCAGCUAAACGUCGUCGCGGCACCCCAAAGGAGGAGCUGGAGACUCAGCUGGAAGAGUUCACCGAUACAGCUCUCGAGGAACUAAGAACGAAGCAUUUCGAGCUACAGCAGAAAAUGGAGGCUGAAAAGGCUCAAUCAGCGAUCGCUGUGGCUGUAGCAAAUGCCCAAUUGGCAUACCUGGACGGGUUGGCAACGCGUACCCGAGUUGAGUUGACAGGAGAGCUGUUAGAAGCUCUAGCUAACCAAAUUCCGGGGCAGAUUGAGCAGCAGUUCCAGAGUGAAUUUGACCAGCUGCACGUUGACUAUGUCCAGGCGAGCGCUACUCGUCGUCAAGAGCUGGAAGCUGACGCUGCGAUACGAAGAGCUAAGCUUAUUGACACACUGAAUCGUCGACGACGUGGGAACGAACCCAAUUUGAGUGAGGAAAGGAGAAAUCGCGAGUCUGCUGGCUCCAUACCCGACUCACUUGACGAGAAGGAACGAACGGAAUUGGCGAAGAUUGAUGAGCACUUGAAGGCUGCGAUCGCAGCACUCGACGAGGAUGCGAGGAAAGGAGGUGAGGCACUAGCUAAGGCGUUGGUUUCUACGCUCCACAGGUGCGGCAAAGAGGUGGAAGGGAAGAUUCGUCAGUGUCGACAAGAGCACGAGGUAGCUGCAAGUUUACUAAGACCAGGAGAUGAUAAAGGCGCCAAGGAGCUAGCCAAUACUGUGGGCAAAGCAGUGGACACACUGGAGCACGAGGCAUCGGAGCGAGUGAAAGAUGCGUCAUAUGCUCGAGAGGCGAUCGAACACGAAAUUGAACGUCUACAGGACGAGAGUUCAAGUGCGUUGGCAGCUCUCACAGUCGCGCUAGACGCUGAGAAACGUCGUCAGGAGCAGCGACUACAGCAACGCAUGCAACAGCGUCGCCAGCAGCAGCAAACGCAGCUCCCAGUCGGUUCCUCUCCUGAAAAAGUGGCCGAAAUGAACGCCGUUCUCGCUGAGCAAGAACUGGUGGAGAGACGAAAACUAGAAGAUCAGUUGGAAAGUCAGGCUCAACUUGCGUUUAUUGAGGAGCGUGGGAAACAGCGCGAACAUGAAGACAGGCUGGCACAACAGCUUCAUGACGCCACUGUUGCUGAAAUCGCUGCCUCUGCGACGAACGAAGCGGUCGCGCAGGCUCGCAGCGAGGCAUCAAAGAUCAUUCGGAAGCGCAGCAUAGCGUCUCGGCCAACUGCUCUUGCUGCGUCAGCCUCAGUAGUAGAGAGUACCAGUGCUAGUGGUGCUAAACAGAAUGUGGUGGCGGAUACUAUGGCUGCAGAAAUGGAGCAACAGAUCAAGACGCUGAGUGCGAAUCACCUUCUUGCGUGGCAGCAACGGCAACAAGAGCUACAAGAAGAAGAAGCGCGGCGGAAGGCAGAACUCGAGAGUCGGCUGCGUCGAAAGCGCGAUGCAAAGGUACAUGCUGGCGACAAGAACGCGUUGGAGGAGGACGAAAAGCUUCAGCAACAACUCGUGACCGAUGCAAUCAAGCGAAAAUUCGCGUUGGAGGCGGAGGUUGACGCAGACCUCGAGCUACUUGCUGCUGCAACAGCAGCACUACGUGAUGCCCUUCGUGUUCAACGACAAGCACAAGAAGAAGCUCUUCGCCAGCGCUUAAAGCAGAGGCGUCGUGACAAACUCCAGGAGAUUGAAAUUGCAGGGAACAGCGCUGAUGCUAAUACUCUUGCAGCUUUGGAGAGCUCUUUAAAGGAAGAGAAGGCAACUGAGCUUCGCAGAAUCGCUGAAAACGAGACGCAAGAGCUUAGUGCACUGCAUGCACGACUCCGUGGCCAAGUUGGAGCAGCGUUCGCUGAAGCGGAUCGCAAAGCUAAACGACGCUGUGACGACGCUAAUUCCAGGUUAGCUUCAAGUGAAAAGGAGCUGGAUGGGAUCUUCCGAGAGCAUGAAGAAGGGAGACGCGCGCUUCGUGAAUCGCUUGGCAUAGAACAACGCAGACAGCAAGACAAACUACUAGAAAGAAUGGCAAGACGGCGGUCCGAAAGGCUCGCCGAACUGAAGCGAGAACGCCCGAGUGGUCCGUCGGAAGAAUUAACGCAGCAAACUAUGCAAGAGCUAAAUAACGAGCAUGAACGCGAACGCUUACGGCUGGAAGAUGUAAUCAACGAUCAGACUAACAAGGCACUGCAGGAGCUAGACGACAAAGUGCGUGGAAAGGAGACAAGUUUACAGGUUGAGACUCGUCGGCUGCGAGCCGAGGCUGAAGCUGCCCAGGCAGCUCGUGAAGCGCUGGCACUGGCACAUUGCGCUGAGGUCGAAAGAGUUACGCAUGAGUUUUACGUAUUUUUGGGCGCAGGACAAGCGCAAGAGCUGCUGUCAUCAGUUCUACAAGCUGAAACGCAGUCGGUUAUGGUAGACGACUUGGAGAGCGAGUUACAGCGACUGCAUGACGAAUAUGACCGCGAUUGGGGAGCGUUGAAAGCCCGUCUUGAUGACGAGACUCGGCUGCGCAAAGCUCAGCUAGCAGAACGACUGCAACGUAAGCGUCAGGCGGUACAAAACAACACGGCGUUGUCACCUGAAGAGAGACGAGUCGCAGAGACUGCCCUGGAUCGAGCAGCGGAGCGGGAGAACAUGGAAAUCGACGCGUCCGCCGCAGUGGCAGCUCGGUCGCUCAGACUGGCAAGUCUCCAAGCUAAAGAGCAAGCAACAGACACAUUGACAGCAACUUUUGCAUCGAAAGGUGACGACUUGGAUGCAGCACUGGAGGCGACUCGAAAGCAGCAUGAUGAGGCACAACGCAAGCUGCGAGAAUCUCUUGAAAUGGAGCGGCGUAAACAGGAGCAGCUGCUUCAAGAGAGACUUCGCCAACGCCGAGCUGCAAGAAAAGCGGAAACGGAGCCGAUACCGACGCAUGGCAGCGAAAAAGCCGAAGAAGAAGAGCUGGAACGUGAGCUGGAAGCGAAGCUUUGUGCGGAGGAAGCUCAAGCAUGGACAGCACUGCGUGAGCGUGAGCAGCAGGAAGUCGAAGCCAUAUUGGGACCUCUUGACGCCGCGGCUGGCCACCGUCUUGAUGACGCAGAGCUUGCAGAGCGGAGGGCGCGAGAGGAACUGGAACGUCUUGCUCUAGAACACGAUCGACGCUUAGCAGAGCUGCGUGAUAGUCUGGCUGCUGAUAAGAAGCGCCAGCAGCUCGCACUGCGUGAGAAACUGCGUCGCAAACGUGAUCAACGUCGAGCUGAUGGCAUCGCAGUGUCCGAUGCUGAAGCAAGUGAAGAAGAACGUCGAGCUAUGGAGGUCUUGGAAGCAUCAUUUGAGACGAACCUGGCGAGUGCAGAGGCGGAGGUACGCGAAAUUCGUCGUGAAAAGGAAACAGAGUUGCUGGCACAAGUUUGUGCUUUAUCGGCUAAUAAGGCAGCGGAGGAGGCUGCUCUAAUGCUGCUGGAUGCCGCUCGUCUCGAAGCAGAGCGUGUGAGAGCGGAAUAUGAAGCAGCAUUCACGUCAAGAGUACAGCAGCCGGAGGAUGACGGAUCUGUAGAUCGAGAGAUUGCACUCGUGCAACGAGCACAUGCUCGAGGCGUGAAGUCUCGACGAGACCAGCUUGAUGCGGAGACGGCUGCUCGAAAAGCAGCGUUAACGGCUCGUCUUGAGCAUAAGCGACGUGCAGCACGAAAGGGAGACGAAUCUGGGAAAACGGAGGCUGAUAUUGAGAAGGCUCUGCAGCUCGAAGAACAGCAGGAACUAGGGGCUAUUGAACAUGAGCGAGCAGUGAAGGAGAGGGAGCUAGACGUAGAAGCCGCGCAGGAGAAGGAACGUCUUGCCAACGCUCUACGUGAAGCACACGAGCGUGGAGCUGCAGACAUCGAACGGCAGCUGGCUGCGUGUAAGCAAGCACACGAUAUUGAGUCGACUAAGCUAGAUGAGACUUUGCGAGCUGAGCGUGCGCGGCAGGAGUUAGCGCUGAAGCAGAGACUGAACGCUAGAAGACAGCGGAUUCGAGCAAGUGGAGGCAAUGCUACCGACCAAGACAGCAGUGAUGCAGAGACUGCAAUUGAACAGGAAGCUGAAGUUGCCCAAGCUGAGCUGGCAGAUCAAGAACGGGUUGCACGGCAGCAACUAGCUGAGCGACAGCAGCAGGAACUGUCUGUCGUGGCACGCCAACUUGAAAAAGAAGCUGAAGCUCAGCGGCGGGCUGCGCUCGACGUACAAGCGGCAGCAGAGCGUGAGCUCAAGAGACUGGAGGAAGAGCAUUCACGUGAACGGCGCGCGCUGCAAGAGUUGUUGCUAGGUGAUCAGCGCAUGCGCGAGACACAGUUACGCGAAAAGCUGGCAAAGAAGAAGGCUGCACGACGAGCAAAGGGCUCGCACGAUCGACAGGAAGAAGAUGCUGAGGAAGCGGUCGCCAUGGCAGCUCUGCAAGAAGAGAUCAUGCAAGAACAGGCAACAGUGGUAGCUCAAGAACGAGAAAGACAGGAGGCUGCAAUGCGUUUAGCAGCUACACAGCUACAAGAAGCUGCAGCAGCCUCCGCAAAAGCCGCUGCAGCUUCGCGCCAGGCUCAAGAAGAGGCAGCACGCGUUGCAGCAGAGUUCGAUCGCCAUCGUGGAGAUGCCCAGCAACUUCAGACUGCGGAGGCUGCACACUCGAAGCGCAAACUCGCUGAUCGCUUAGCUGAGAAGAAGAACAAGCGCCAUCUACAGCAACAGAAACAUGAGAGCGAUGGCGUCAGCGUUGCUGCUAAAAGCCUCGAAGACGAAGCCGUACGCUUACGACUCGAAGCCCAGAUCGAAUCCCAGCUCGCAGCAUGUCGCGACGCUCACGACGCUGAAGCUGCAAAGCUACGGGAGUCACUGCAGGCUGAACGCGAACGUCAGGAACGCUCGCUACAGGAUCGAAUAGCUCGACGAAAAGAGAAGCGAAUAUCUCAGGCCACAGCUAAAGCUGACGUGAAGGUGGCAGAAGAAGCUGAACUAAAGCAGCAACAAGAAGAAGAGGCUGCGUUAGCUGCAGCUCUAGCAGCGCAAGAAAAAGAAGCUUGGGACGCCAUCCAACGCAAACAGGAAGAAGCUGUCCGUGCUCUUCAAGAGCGAAAACAGCAACAAGAGCGUGAACGAGCCGAGCUUCAACAACAAGUGGCUCAACAGGAGAUGAACCGCUUACAAGAAGAGCAUGAACGUGAGCUCCGUGCUCUGACGGCAUCUCUGGCCCAAGAGCAAACGAGACAAGAAGAAAAAUUACAGCAACGCAUUGCUCAACGGCGUGCAAGGAAGCAACGCCAAGAAGAGGAGGCCAGUGCUAAAGCACAGCAGCAUAGUGCUGAUGCUGAAGAAGAGGCUCGACUUGUUGCGGAGCGUGAGAAGGCUGAAGCGUUGGCUCAAGCUCAAGCUCAAGCAGAAAUUGAAGCUGAGGAAAGAGAGCGACAGGAGAUAGCUGCAGGUUUGGCACGGAAGCUGGAAGAGGAACGAGCUCGACAGAGACGCGAGAAGGAGAAGUUGGAGGCAAGACUGGCCCGGGAAGCUGAGGCACAAGCUGCAAAGCGAGCAGCAGCUCUGGCUCUACAGCUUCAACAGCAAGCGAUUGAGACUGCAGACAAAAUGGCUCACGAGUUCAACACAAACUUGCGUGAGCUACGAGAGACGCAUAGUGCCGAUGGAGUCGCACAGAAGGCGCGACUGGAGUCUCGGAUCGCAGCCAAGAAAGCUCGGAAGCUGCGUGAGCUCGAGGAAAAGCGCGAGCUUGAGCGUCAACGUCUACAUGCCAGACAGCAGCAGGAGGCUGAAGACUCUGUUAAGGCUGAAAAGGAGCGCGAAGAAGCACUAGCUGAGGCAGCACAACAGGCGGCAAUCCCAGCGACAGAAACGAUUGAUAAUUACCAACCUGUGCUAUCUCCGGCGGAUGAAAAGGCUGAAGCAGAUCGCCAGCAACAGCAAGAUGUGGCAGCUGUGCAGCAGCUCUUCAUGUACGGACUCGUGCCAGCGAAGCUUUCUCUUCUUGGAGCGAUCGAGUUGGUUGUUGGUGCUCGACACGAACGAGAGCUGGCCACACGGCUGGCUGCACUUGCGAUUAAAAGCCUCGACCUUGUACGACAAGCUCUUCAUGCCGUGACUCAGCAGAAAGCAGCACGCAAAGCACAAGCUCUUCAGGAAAUCUCAAGUCGCAGUGGUGACGCUGCGGAGAUUGAGAGUGUGCUAGCUCAAAUCGACUCCGAGUUUGCUGAUAAAUUGCGAGAAGCAGAACACGCAGCUACGAAUAAAAGCGAAGAGACGAAGCAUGAGGCCGAAAAACGUCUCAAAGAGCGACAGAUGCGCGAAGUGGCUUACCUAUUGGCUCAUUUCGACGCACAACACACGGCAGCGCUUGCUAAUGUGUCUGCCGCUGCUGCACAGACCCAACCUGCUCAACAGCAACAGCCCCAGCAACCGUCACUGACUGCAGCACAGCGUGAGGCUGAAGAUCUUGUCAAUGAACUUCGAGCUCGACUAGAGCUUGAGGCUCAUGAACGUCGUCGAGAACUAGAAGCAGAGAAGCGAUUGGAGCUACAACAUCUAGCUAAGGAAGAGCAAGAUCAACUGGCUCAAGUUGAAACACGCUUAGCAGCGUUACUCGCAGAAGAAUGCGCUGCAAUGACGCGAUUGUUGACCUCAAGACUUCAAACUUUGCCUGCUGGGGCAGCGAAACAACGCGACGCUGCAGAACGAGAGCACGCGAAACAACUCCAGCGUUUGACGCUGAUGCUUGAAGGACGCGGGAAACAGCAGAAAGACCGCGUGCGAGCUCGAACUGCGCAGCAAAAAGCUCUGAUAGAAGACGAAUUCCGCCGUAAGGCUCAGAUCAUCCUCGCUGUUAUGAACCAGAGAAUCGUACAGGAGAAGAUGAGGCUACAUCAGAAGCAGAAGCUUCUCGAGAUAUCCCCAAUAAAGACACAAUCAAGUGACGAUCAAGACUCAGAUCCCUCUCAAUCUCAAGCUAUACUGACUGAUGAACUGGCAAAGCGCCUUGAAGACGUAUUAGAAGAGCGUUUGACGAAGAUUGAAGCUCUGGUAGCAGAAUUCAAGCACAGUGUCCAGGAACUCCCAUCUUCACAAGAGAGCCCUAUCUUGAAAGAGGCCAACGUUGGAGAAGAUGAUCGAAGUUAUGCCGCCUAUCGGCUCGCCGUUGCUGAAGCCGUGGCGACCGGAUGUCGCUACGAGAAGCGGCAAAUUCAAGAUGAUAAGCAGGCGUUCUUGGAUUCAUCUGCGUUUGGAGUUCUGGACGCAAACGCUGUGGACGUGUCGAAGCUUGCGCAAGUCUCGGAGAAGAAACUGGAUGAACGAAUGCAAAUGCGACGAGAUUUUGCGGCGCUGUUGCUUAAAGCUGUGGCAGGAAGAGAAGAACCUGCUGCGGAGUUAACGUUCGUUGAGCACUUUGGACGUGAGAACAAUGGUAGAGCCAACUAUGCGAGCUUUUCACUACAGAAGAAGGGACACGAUAAGGACACGCUCUAUCUGUCGCUUGCUGCACUGCGAGAACUGUCUACGGGACAGUUGGCUGUUACGAUACUGCAUGCGCUGGCUCAGGCUCACGCAAACUCGAGCGACUUGACCGACCCACAGUUCAUCUCGCACCUGUAUAACCUGCUUGUACGCUGCUACCAAGGACUCUUCACGCAUGUCCAACAGCAACAAAGGGCUACGUCAGUAGCAACAACUUCAGUUCCAACUGAAGCAUCACGAAAAAGCAUCAGCUCUGGUAGCGAAUCAGGCAAGACUGUCGAUCUCAGUGCCACCGACGGUGGUGGACAGUGGCAAGCACGACUACGAGAAAUGGAAGGCUUCUUGGACGGUCAGCAGGCUGCCAUCCAGCGGUCACAAAGUAGCCAGCUGCAAUUGUUACCGAAACACCGAGGAGGAGACAACGCUGGAGAAGGCUCGGUCAGUACGAACUCCGACUUGUGGCAACAGGAACCGAUUCAGCUCUUGCAGGAGAAGUUGGACACGGCCGAGAAGCUGUAUCUGCAGGUCUUGCGCCAGCACGAACAGCAUAUGCAGACGGUUGAGUACUGGCAGGAUUUAUUAGCCGAGCAACGAGAUGCCGAAUACGAGGAGGACGCCUUCGAUGAAGAGGACGAGGAGGAAAAUGAAAAACCUCGCAAGGAAGAUCCAGACGCGCCUGAGCGGCAACAACAGCGCGAGGCUCGGGCGCAAGAAGCUCAACGUGAGCUGGAUCGAGCCUCGCAUACACUGGAAGCCACACGCAAGGAGCGAGAUGAGCUGUUCACGCAGUGCCAACAGCUUCGCGACCAGCUCAACAUGCUCCGUUAA